GUGUGAGUCGAUCAGUCAGCCGUCGACAGAGGAGCAGCUCCCUCACGCCUGGUGAUCGAUCCCAGAAGAGUUUCACCUCGUCAACCAAUAGGUCGACUGAUCCGAGGCCUCGGGAUUCAGAAGGUCGACUAGUGUGACGGCAGAUUGGUCGACGGGGUCGGGAGCCUCCUUUUGAAACCAGAUCCAAUGAUUUCAAAUCCGAUAAAAAGUAAACAAAAGAUCUGAUCAGUUUUCCUCCAGAUGAACUUGAUCCCGAAAACUCAUCCAUCCGCUGAUUGAUUGAUUUGACUGGUUGAGUCUGAUUAAAGGCGGGGAAAUCCGGAUCAGCGGAUUGGACGAUUGAUCAGCUGUGUCAGCUAAUUGCUCGAAUCGGAAGCUUUUUAGCUUCGGUGCCGCGACGAUGAGCGAAGCCGGGGACGUGGUGUGUGAAGGCUGGCUGCGAAAAUCGCCACCGGAAAAAAAGUUACGGCGUUACGCGUGGAAGAGGCGAUGGUUCGUUCUGCGAAGCGGUCGACUGAGCGGAGAACCGGACGUUUUACAGUAUUACAAGAACCAACAGUCCCGUCGACCAAUCAGGACCAUCAACCUGAACCUGUGUGAACAGGUGGAUGCCGGCCUGUCGUUCACCAAGAAGGAGCUGGAGAACAGCUUCGUGUUCGACCUGAGGACGGAGGAGAGAACCUGGUACCUGGUGGCCGAGUCUGAGGAGGACAUGAACCGCUGGGUGUCCUCCAUCUGCCUGAUCUGUGGCUUCAACCCGACAGAAGAGGUUCCAGAGAGACCUCCUGUGUCCGGCCCACCCCCCAUCACCGCGGUGACCCCAUCCAGUGGCAUCGCCACCAUCUCCACGGCGGCGGGUUCGGUCCCGCCCCCCUACGACCCGGUGAGCGUACGACGCCUGGAGCCCGACGUCCACACAGAGGACGACUACCUGUGGUUGUCACACUGUCAGAGUCACAUCAGACCUCCUUUAGGAUCCUCCAUCUCUCUCGAAACCGACUACGACAACCUCUACCCUCCUCCCUCUGCCACCUCCUCCUCCUCUUCCUCCUCCUCCUCUCCGUCCCUUCUUCCCAACGGCCUCCCUCAUCCGUCCUCCUCUAAGACGGCUCCGUGGACAGUGGCCUCGAUGACGGGUCCUCUCAGCCAGUCUCUGGACGCCAACAUGACCUCUGACCCCCAGAGGCGAGCGGGCAGACCUCGCUGUCACCCCUCUCCCCACCCCAGGAAGCACUCACUGGAUUUCCACCUGCGUCCCGUGGCGAUACCUCUCAUUGAGGACACACACUCCAACCUGCAUCAGAAUAUGCACUCAUACCAGAUCCCCCGUCCCGCAUCCACGCCACAGCCGCGACCCCCCCGCCGCCCCUCCUCCACACCAAGUGUGGACUCUUUAACCCAGACGGAGCUCCAUGCAUCCGUCCCGACUCCUCCUCCGCGGCCGCCAAAGCCCUCUGCGAUCGCAGCCCAGGGAGAGAGCUCAGCUGUGGGGACGGGACCUGCAACGCUCCCCCGGACCUCCUCCGAGUCCGACAGGAGGGAUGGAUGUGUGGACGGAGGCGGUGGAGGUCUGCUGAGGAGCAGCACCGUCAGUAUACCAGGACGCACGCAGACAGGUUGCGAGUCUUUCUUCAUCCCUCAGUCGCUGUCGGACCGAGCGAGCAUGUUCGAGUUCAGCGACAGCUUCAACAGUUACUUUUUUAAUAAAGGCAUGGUGCCUCUGGGAAGUGUCUGCUCUGAAGACGAUGAAGUGGAUGAAAACUAUGUUCCCAUGAGCGCUGCCACCACUGAGCCUCCUGUGGCACCAAGGGUGCCUCCUCACUCUGACUCCUCUGUGCCACUCCAAGAUGGCAACUACGUGGCCAUGAUCCCCAUGAACCCUUCCCUUCCCACUCAGCCCGCCGCAGGUGAUCUGGGGAGGCAGGUGCCUCCGCCCGUCCACAUGGGCUUCCGCAACUCCCCCGCUCCCCUCACCCCGCCGCUCCGGAGGAACACGGUGAGCACGGGCGGGGGACCACAGGUGGAGUCCGUGCCCCCCCCGAUCCACCGCGACCUGAAACCACAACGCAGAGUGAAACCCGCUCCUCUGGACAUCACGUUGGUGCAGCAGGACUGGCAGGAAGUCCCGCCCCCUGUCCGCUCACCUGUCACCAGAACCUUCACAAGAGAGUAA